AUGAAGCACGGAAACGCCUUGGGCGAGGCGCAACGGCAGUCCGCACCGUGUCGUUUAUCCGCUGCGGUGAAGCGCCCGCGCGACUCACUGGAGAACUCCGAACCGAUCCGCGAAGCGGUAUGGGCGUUUGGGGAGCGGGCCAUGCAGCUGGAGGCGGAGGUUUUCGCCGCCAACGGCCCUUCUGCCACAGCUCGGGUGAAGGUGUGGAAGCUUUUGCUGGAUCUUCGACCGUUCAUCUUCGCCGCGCUGCCGUCGAUGGGAUACGAAAUCCCUGAGCCAAUGCGUAAGUCGUGUCACGCGGACAUGCGGCGUGUGAGGAAGUACGUGUGGAUGACCCUCCGCGUGUACAUGAGCGUUGCCCGCCUCGGGGGGGCUGUGCCCGACGCCCUGCUCCACUGCGUACUCUCCCUCUUGUCGCUUCUUCCUGCUGUGGGGGUCCUAUCGCUUCCGUGUGCCGCCGACGAGAGGUUCUUCUUCGACGGCAUUCAGUUCACCCUCACGGCGCUGCGCCUCCGCUAUCCGUUCCUUUUUUCCAAGCUACUGAGCGGGCUCCUUCGGGAGGACACCAUGGGUGCAUUUAUCUUCUCUUCCACGCAAAGGGGGCCCUCAACGAGCGUGCGUUGCACUAUUGAAAUCGCAGACCCACCGGAGGUUAGUGGAGUGGCGGCCGAUGCAAAGCAGCUAUUCACAUCCACUAUAAUCGCAGAAACACCAUAUGAACGACUGUGUGUUGCGCGAGGACUUUGCAACGUCAUGGGUGUAAUUUUUUCAUUUUGCGUUCCGGUGCAACCCACACUGCGUGAAAGAAGUGUUGUGCUUCGUUUGGCGUGCAGUUGGCUCGCUGUGGAUGUACGGGAGGGUUCUGUGGCAAGAUGGGAAAGGGGAAGCGCAAACACGCCGGCUGAGAGGAAAUCCAGCGGGUCCAAGAGCAGCGAGGACGAGACCAACCCACUGGUUGUGAUCCACACGACGGCUACAUCCUUGCUACAGACAAUGUUAGAGAAAGGGCUCCUUGUGAAGGUGCUGCAUGGACCCAUGCUGCUGUACACACUGACGCAGAACCUGUACGAGGCUUCGCAGAUGAAGUUUAGUGGUCGAGAGACGCUCUGGGAGUUAAAGUUUCUCCGUUGGCUUGUUGAAAAAGAUGAUAGCUAUAAUGCUUUACCGCCGCAGGCCGUCAGUAAUAGUUUGAGCAAGUCAAGGCCUCUAGAGACAUCAGAGGCUUCUUUCUCAUCGCGUGAAUGGUUAACUGAGUUCUUUCUUCAGACAAGAAUUUCGGUCGAUGCGAUUUUCGCGUUGAUCGGAGGCACCAAUAAUCAGGAAGGGUUAGAAGUGUAUGAGAUGGCCGCGUUGCUGUUGUCCCUGCUCCGCGAGGCCGUAUUACGCAAAAAUGGAGUGGACAGACUUGUGGAGCUGGCGUUCUGUGAUGUUGGUGCUGAAUUGGUAGAUGCUGUGCUAGGGGUGCGCGUCAUGCUGCCCAUGUUGUGGUUUUCAGACAUGUCUACACGUGUAUGUGUGUUGUACCAACUUUUUGAUCUAUUCCCAGAGGAUAUUGUCGCAUCACUUUUGAGGAAACACCUCUCGCACCGUUGUGUGUAUGAGGCAGCGUCGGGACACGUGCUAGCUGCCGCAAACGCAUCUGUCCUCCUCAAUGAGGGCGACGCAGCACAAGCUGCUCUUCUACACGACGCGUGGACGCGGUUGCUUAGUACGGGGGCUGACGAGGCACUGGAUGCCGUUGUGAUUCUCGCCCGCGUGGGUGAGGGCGCCGAGGUGGAGCGGGCGGUGGAGGAGUUGCUGCGAGUGUUGGCCGCACGCCGUGCGGUUGUGCGCUGCCCUGAACCACCGCUGCGGCUCUCACUUCUUUACGCGGAACUGCUGAGGAAGCUGCCGCUGCAAAAGAGUGCGCUGGCCGUCAUUGUGGACGCAAUCCGGGCUCAGAUGACAGAGCAGGAGGUGGGCCUCUGGUGCCUACUCGGAAUCGUCCGUGGCUUCAGGGAACGCGUUGCUCGGCGCUGUUAUCACAGCACAGGCACUGCGUCAGCGCAGCGGGUGAGGCGGGAGGAAGCAGAUACGGGGAUGAACACCGUAGUGGAGUCUCUGGAGGAAAUCCGUGUUGUUCUCGACGCGCUGAAUUUGUUUCUACCCGUGCUUACAGCUGAAGAUAGCAACGACGAGAGCAUUGGUGUGGAGCUGCAGAUUCUGUUUUGGGAGCAAAUGGUGGCACUCAUGACAGAGGUGUGUGCCCUACACGAGUGGAUGCGUUCACAUGUAUCAAGGAGUGACUGCAAAGAGAAGAAAAAACGCGUGGAUGCGAAUGCCUCUGUUGGGAAAGAGGGCCAUGGGCUUGACCUGAGCGAUGACGUCAUUGUUGUGACACCCAAUGAUCAACUACAGCAGCACGAUGCAAAUGUUGUUGGUGGUGAUGAGAACGACAUGGAGAGUGGGUCCAGCGACAGCGUGGACAAGUUGCUGCGUGGUAUCGCAGCAGGAGUGGAGGGAUUGGGCUGGGCGGCGCACACACUUUUCCUCGCGAGGCAAGUCGUGGUGGGUGGCGACACGCUGAGAGAUAUGUUUUUCGCUUUCAUCUGUCUGUCUGUAGCAGUGUUCCCUGUGCGGUGGAGCGCAAUGGAGGGACUUGUUUUGUUGCACGGCAUGGGCCAUCGCACAGCUUCGAUUCGCGGUGGCUAUGCUGCUUUGGUCGUAUUUCUGCAGUUCACGCGAUGGGGCGCUGCCGAGGCGGUGCAAUUCUUCCGUGAGAGUGUUUCGCGUUUACAGGAGGCAGGGGAAGCGCAGCUUCUGCUUCUGCAGCUUGAAACUCUUCGGGCCGCCUUCAGUGAUGAGUGGCAAGCUACUCUCCGACAGGGUGUUCGCCCCGGCGAGCACUCUGCUGGCGUCACAUGUCUCCCGCUGAGUGUUGCCUCGUCGCCGCGGCACGGGCGGGACGACACAGCAUGCUGUGAGAUGCUCCACGUGUGUGCAGGGAUUUGGGAGCACAAGAACGCCACUCCGGCAUCGAUGUCCGCCGCCUUAGAUGCGGCCCGCGCAAUCAUGACACAUCUGAAGUGGUGGGUGAAUGACUUGUGCUGGAGGGAUCCAGGUGUGAUUCACACAUCGUUUUUCAAGGCCAUGUGCAACGCGGAACAGAAGGAUGUGCAGCACGUUGUGAUGAACCAUCUCGAUGAUAUUCUGCCCCCCUGUCUGCUUUCAGAGGACGGAGCGGAGAAUCUUCAGGGGAUUCGCGCGCUACUCGGUGGGGAUUUCUCUCUGGAACGAAAUAUUUCUGGAGCUAUUGCGCACAUCUUACUCGAGGAUGCGCGGGCACCCCCUUCGGUGAAACUGGAGAAGUUGAACAGUCUCUUUGGAGUCGUUGGAAAGCAGCUGCGGGAGCUUCCCAAGGUGAUUGAGCACUCACCCAAGUCACUCAUUGUGAGCCUGAUGUACCUUGAGGGCGGAAGGCGGCUGCGCAAGGAAGGUAUGGGACAGCACAGCGACAACAACACGGACUGCAGCUAUCAGAACAGUAAAGGGGGUGCACUUUCUGAGUUUGAUAUCGCCGUGGAAUUGGCGCUCUCUAUUGGCGAGUGUGGUCCACUCGCAUCUGACAUUGCACAAGCGUUGGAGAUGCCGACAGAGGGGGCGAUGGAACAGAGAGCGCUGACGAAGUACGUCUUUGGCGUCUUAGACAAGGUAGCGCUCAGUCUUGGCGUCAGUGAUGGCGUGAGUACGAGCUGCCUCGUCUCCACGUGCACGGCGCAGCGAUGGCUCUACGGACUCAGAGCGCUGAUCCACUACCUCGGCGGGCACGCCACACUUAUUGCGCCGAAGUUACCCGCCAUCUUGGAGGAGUGCAGUAUGCAGCCGCAGCUCAUUCGAUCUGUGUGUGCCGUGUGGCGUGAUCUUCUUCUUAACUGUACGGUGGACUACCUCAAGGAACACUCUCCCGCCAUUGUGGUGGACCUCCUCAGCAUGGAACAACAGGCCGAAGGGGAUGAUAGCGAUGCUUUGUUGCUGCUUGAAGCAGCCGUGCGGGUAGUGUAUGAAGGUUCCUCAGAGGAAGUCUUUUGGAAGUCCUACUUCAAAGUGAUGAGUCACACAAGUAUGCUGAUUCGUCGUCUGCGGGACGACAGUGGCAAGUCGCUAUCCUGUAAAGUGACACCAGACGUGGCGGCGUACUCACCACUCAAAGAUUCCAGUGCAGCGGUUGUUGUGGCUGGUUUCCUCUCAGUAAUGCAGUCUAGUUCCAUUAAAUGCAAGGAAAUGUUUGUGUGUGCGCUAUACGAGUACCUUUCGACAACGGACAGCACAGGACGGAUGGAAAUGACUCAUGUUGCUGGAGCAAGCGCACAACUAAUCCCCACACUUUUGAAAUGUGCAUGUGAGUUGCGGGAGGAGUAUGCUCAGUACGUCUUAGCCUGUGUUGGGAUGAUAGGCGCCAUUGCGUACUCGCACACCACAAUACCAGGGGAUGAUGAGCAGUCCCUCCAACGGGGCAACGCAGCACCGUCAUCAAAGGCCCGAUUUGCCACCACGUUGCAGCCAGAGAAGUUUCUGCCAGAGGACGUGCUGAACUGGCGCACUCUGGCGCACAAGUUGCUCAGUGUACACUGCCCACGUGCACUCGCGAACACUGCAGACCCCACAAUGCACGACCGUGCCGCCUUUGGUGUGCAACAGCUGCUUCGCGUGUGCGCUGAUGCCGAACGGAAGUUGAACGGCCACCUGCCGCUUCUGGAACGAGAGGUAUUAUACGUGGAGGAGCUGCAGCGCUAUGCGUGGUGGUCACACUUGGACCCGACGUGCCGGCAGAUGCUGGAGGGCUAUACCACGACGGAGUACACCGCACGCAUCCUUCAGAAAGCAGAGCCGCACAGCCCUGUGUAUACCACAGGGAUGACAUUCCACGUUUGGCUCAAGGCGUGGUUCUGUGAUCUUGCCCUGCGAUGCGACGGUGUGUUUGGACACAUGAUGGAUGCGCUGCGCAACAUGGCAAAGGCAGACCAUGCCCUCAUGUCUUUUCUGAUACCCCACAUCAUCGUGCGCCUUGUUCGGGAUGGGAACAACAUUCACAAAGAUGCUGUGAUUGAUGAAUUGAACGUGCUACUCAGGACAGCUUCAACAGCCACUUUAAGUGGGAAGGAAAAGGGACUUUCACUUCACUCGCAGAAUCUCAUUAUGGAGGUUGCUACAUCUACCGCGGAGGCACAUAGUGUGGAAGAGCAUGUGCAGCAGGUUUUUCACUUUCUAGAAGAUAUUGAGCACUUGUGUUUAGUUUUGCUACGUGCGGUUCGUGGCGGGAAUCCGAAAUUCUCGGAGGACAUCAACAAGAGCGAUGUGGUAGCUGUUAUUGAGGCGUGCCAACACUUCCUUUCCCGUAUAGAGUGGACAACGAGGGUGGAGGCUGCUGUUGCUAUUGGGAGUAAUAUGCGUGCCCUGCGGUACAUUGAGGGUCAGCGGUAUUUGCCAACAGUCAGUGUGGUCAUCCAGGAGAAUCUUCCGCUUCAGCAUAUAUUUGCCGCGUUGGGCGAUAGGGACUCGUCACGCAGCCUUCACCGGACACAGGAGCUCCAACCAGAGGAUGCAGCUUUCUCGUAUGAAAACAAUGGAGAAUGGAAUUUGGCGCUGCAAGCGUGCGAGUUGGUGCUACAACAACGUCCCAACAGCGUCACCCAUCAGCUUACUGCACUCCACUGCAUGCAACAACUGGGGCAGCUACAUCUCAUGUCUCGCUACAGCCAGGCACUUCUGGUACAGUCCACGCGCUCCCCCAGCGAUGGGGAAGGGUCUGAUGAGUGGUGCUGGCAGGCACAACCAGCAGCAUUGCAAAACUACGCUAAUGAGGCAGCGUGGCGUCUCGCCGAAUGGGAAACUAUAGAGACACGUCAAGAUCUCCCUGUGAGUCUUGCGCUACCGAUGGUCUCCUUCACCAACUUUCUUGAGACAAAGGGCACACUGGAGGAAGUUCGCCUUGCGUGUGCGGCACAACGUCAGAAGAUUGCACCCGUCAUUCGUGCAGCUUGUCGAGAGAGCUACAUUCAGGUUUACCCGCAUGUGGUGGUACUGCACGCCCUAACGGACGUUGAAACCGCGGCGGAGUUCGUUGCCGCCUCACGGACGUCCUCUCUGGGGCAGGACGACGAAGUGACUUCAUUCCACUUGAGCUCUAGUGUGGAUGCCAGACGACUGCAGGAGUUUGAAUCCCUAUUGAGUCAACGUGCCGCUUUAACCGACACCACUCUAGAGACUCAGGAGCUCUUAAUAUCUGUCCAUCGCUCCAUUUAUCGGUCCUUUGGCAUGACUGAAGAGGUGACCAAGACGUGGAUGCACCACGCAAAGUUACUGCGCAACGAAGGUUUUCUGGAGGCCGCACUAACUGCUGCAAAGCAGGCAAGAUUGGGCGAUGGAUUUAUCGACACGUCGUAUUACACCACACUGGCGAAACUUUUGCAUGAGAUGCAUAUGCCGAAUCAGGCCAUUGAGCUCGCUGAAGAUCUAGCCAACAACGGAGAUAUCCCCUCGGUGACUCGCGCAAAGCUGAGGGUGCUUGUCACGAGAUGGAGGCAAGACAUUAGCUACCAAACGUCGCAAGAGGCCAUCACAGCGUAUGAGUCUGCACUACAGAUGCACGCCACUGAAAAAGCCCACCACUAUCUUGCCUUGUUUUACGACACCUUGUACCACUCCGCGCUAGAGUCGAAGACAAUGCCGGAGAAGGCCUCUCAAGAGGAGGAAAACAAGAAGGUGGUGAACACCGUCAAGUCAUAUGUACUACGGGCAAUUGACCACUUUGGGAAGGCGUUGCUGUUGGGCGGAAAAACGGUGACCGUGUCUCUUCCGCGUAUGCUUACGCUGUGGCUCAACUGUACUGUGCUUCUGUCGGCGAUAGCAGCAGAUUCAUCGCGGAGCUCAGCCCACGCCGCCUCCGUGAUGCAGGAGUUGAACAGCAUGAUGGAAAGGUAUCUUCUUGACAGUAGUGUAAAGCUGCCGGCUACCCUCCUCGUUACGGCACUGCCGCAGCUGCUGUCACGCAUUGGGCAGGACAACGCCAGUGUGGUUGGCAUUAUAACGCGGACGGUGGUUGACCUCAUGAUGACAUUUCCUCAGCAAUGUCUGUGGCAGGUGCUGCCGAUUGCAUUUAGCAAGCAGACCGGUCGCAGUGAGACGGCGCGUCAAGGCAUUGUCGCACAAUUUCUGAAACUUGUCCCGGCAAUGAAGAAAAUGGUGGAGAACAUGUCGGCUCUUUUCAAGUCUCUUAUUGAUCUCUGCAACUGCCCUGCGACGUCCCUUACAAGUGGUCGUACGUCAUCGGAGGGGUCGCUCGCUGGGCAGUCGUUCAUUCAGAAAAUCCAGCGGAUGCUGCCGUCGGCAGGCAUCAUCCUACCGACGAUGGCGAACUUGUCGCCGAAUGUCAUGUGUGUCGCAAACACCAAUGCCGUAUUCUCCGGUUCCGCGACGUUUCAGAGUUUUGAGGACCGUGUCGUUAUUAUGCAUUCACUACAAAAGCCGAAGCGUAUCACGGUAAUCAGCAGUGAGGGUGCCCGGGUUCCUUUUUUGUGCAAGUCGAGGGAUGAGCCCCGCAAAGACAUGCGCAUGAUGGAGAUCGCAUCUCUGAUGAACACCUUCUUCCUUAUGGAUCCCGAGGCGCGGCGGAAGCGAUUUUCAUUGCGUCGGUACGCUAUUGCUGCGCUUACCGAUGACUGCGCUGUUAUUGAAUGGGUGAACAACCUCAGUCCAUUCCACAAGGUUGUGGAUGAGUGCUACCUCUUGAACGGAACAGGUGUACGAAUCUCUCAGGUCAAGGCGUGGAAGGCACAGGUGGAUUCUGGUAACCUCAGUAAGAUGGACAUGUUCGAAAAACACAUUCUUCCCCGAACCCGACCGGUGCUGCACAACUGGUUCCACAACAACUUCUUUAGCCAUCAGGAAUGGCACCAGGCGCGGACCAUCUACACACAGGCAACUGCACUCUGGAGCAUUGCGGGGCACAUUGUUGGGCUUGGGGACCGACAUGGCGAGAACCUGAUGAUUGACCUGCGCCACGGGGAGUUGAUGCAUGUUGACUUCGCUUGCAUGUUUGACAAGGGUGAGAUGCUCGAGGUGCCCGAGCGGGUGCGGUUUCGUCUGACGCAGAACGUUGUGGACGGAAUGGGCGUGCUGGGCGUUGAUGGACCGUUCCGCAUCACCUGCCAGGUUGCGCUGCGCUGCCAAAUGAAAAACAAGACUGCCGUUAUGAGUGUUGUGGAAACACUACUUCACGAUCCUCUUGUGGAGUGGAAGCGGCAAUCGUCGACAUCGAGGGACAGGUUUGACCCGAAACGACUAAUUGAGCGCGUCUCACGACGACUAGAUGGUUUUCUUGACCUGUAUAGCCCCAACCACGAGAAGGACACGCUGGCGCUCGGGUGUGAGGGCCAAGCCUCGCGCUUGAUUAGUCACUCCUCUGCUCUCGAAAAUCUCUCUGAGAUGUACAUCUGGUGGAUGGCGUGGUUGUAA